CAUUGUACACUGUAAUAACAUUGAGGAAGGAACAACACAGUACAGAAGCUCAAGAGUAACGCAAAGAAUGGGUCUCGGUGCUGAAAAUUCGAAGCCGAUUACGAUGGAGCUACAGCCACAUGCUGAUGAUGAUCAUUUCCAGGGUUUUAGGCAUUCUUUUGAUGAAAUUCAUACCCAAGUUGACAAGCUUGAAAAGCAAGUGAUUGAGGUCGAACGGCACUACGAAUCUGCUGGUUAUGUUCAAGGAAGUAAUUCUAAAGGCGGUUCAGUAGUAAAAGAGAAAGGCCGAGAGAAAAAUCUUGUUGGCACUAAAAAGCCGUUGCAAGAUGCACCGCGUACUGAAACCGCUGCUACAAAGAGGAUGCAGGAGCUAAUGCGCCAGUUUUCCACAAUAUUACGUCAGAUUACUCAGCACAAGUGGGCUUGGCCCUUUCUGGAACCUGUAGAUGUAAAAGGUCUCGGGCUUCACGACUAUUACGAGAUUAUUGAAAAGCCCAUGGAUUUCGGUACGAUAAAAAAUAAAAUGGAAGCUAAGGAUGACACUGGAUAUAAGAAUGUGCGGGAGAUAUACGCAGAUGUAAGGUUGAUAUUUAAGAAUGCAAUGAAAUACAACGAUGAAAAACAUGAUGUCCAUGUUAUGGCAAAGACCUUGCUGGAAAAGUUUGAAGAAAAAUGGCUGCAACUGUUACCUAAAGUGGCUGAAGAGGAAAAGAGAGAAAUAGAGGAAAAAGCCCAGACACAACUAGACAAUCAACAUGCUCAGGAGAUGACCUAUGCCAAAAUAGCUAAGGAUUUAGCCAGUGAGCUUGAUGAGGUUGAUCUACGUUUGACGAAACUCAAAGAAAUGGUCAUUCAGAAUUGCAGAAAACUGUCUACUGGAGAGAGGAAAAAACUUGUGAGUGCUCUCGCCAAAUUGUCUCCUGAAAACCUCCAAAGGGCAUUGGGUAUAGUUGCUGAGAACAACCCAAGCUUUGAAUCUACUCAGGUUGAGGUGGUUCUUGACUUGGAUGCUCAGAGUGACUACACACUGUGGAGGUUACAGCAGUUUGUGAAAGGUGCUCUAGAAGAUCAACCAAAGAUUGGUGGAGGCACUGCUAUUGAUUCUGAUGAGAAGAAAACAAAUUCUAGAAAAAAGCGGGAAUUUUGUGAUGCUCUUGUCAAUAACCUAACAAAGAUUAGAAAAGUAUCGAAUUUAUGAUUUGUUAGCAGCACAGCAUAGAAGGCAUUGGUUUUGCCUGAUUGCGCUGAAGUUGAAAACUUGUAGAGUUUGAUGAUGCAGCUGGGAAAAUCUGUAUCUCUGUUUAUAUAUUAUAAGUUAUUCACAGCUAUGUUGAUGAAGCCAGUCUCAAAUGGGCAGAAACAUAGAAGCUUGCAGAAGUAACCUUGUGGAGAUGCACACCAAGUGAAAGGGAAUUAUAUAUCAUUCUCUAUGUUCUUUGGGUACAUAGUCAUCUUUAUAAGAAAUAAAAUAGAAUAUAAACUAGUCUUGUAUAUGUGACUGUUGAUUAUAUGAAUGUAUUGGGUGUAUUAUCCUUUUUAG